AAAUAAAGUCAAAAACCAAACAUAAUCUCUUUCUCACAAGCUUCUUAACAACUCAGCUGAAUAUUUUCUUCUUUGUUUUUGCGUCAGUUGUAUAAAUGUAAACAAGGACCAAAACGUAUACAGAGAGGGGCAGACGUUAUAGACACUCACUUUCCUUGGAAGUACUAUAUAUCAAUUCAUUAUCAAACGUUUGUGUCCAUCAUCGUCGUCGGUCUCUUGAGCGUGUCAGUUUGUGUGCCUGUGUCUAAUUUGUCUGAGCCAGCCCGAGAACAAUGCCAGAGGUUUACACCGUGAAGGUGGAGGAGGGGCAGCCGGCCACUGCAGAUCGUCCCGCCAAGGGGCCGGUGUACCGGAGCAUCUACGCCAAGGACGGCCUCCCGGAGCUGCCAGAGGGACGCAAUUCCCCCUGGGACUUCUUCAGUGCCACGGUCAAGAGGAUUCCCAAGUCCAGACUUCUGGGCCGCCGUGAAGUCGUCGACACGAAGGUGGGUCCUUACGUCUGGCUAUCAUACCAGGAAGCCUAUGAUUCGGCCGUCCAGGUUGGCUCUGCCAUUAGGCGCCGCAGCGUCAAUCCUGGCGACCGCUGCGGUAUAUACGGGUCCAACUGCCCUGAAUGGGUCAUUGCCAUGGAGGCUUGUAGCAGCCAGGCAAUAACAUAUGUACCGCUUUACGACACACUUGGUCCUAAUGCAGUGGAGUUCAUCUUAAACCAUGCCGAGGUUUCAAUAGCUUUUGUCCAGACAAGCAAGAUUCCUGCCAUCCUCUCUUGCCUUUCCAAGUGUUCGUAUUUGAAGACAAUUGUGACCUUCAGCAAUUUUCCCACUGCGCAAAAAGAGCAAGCCGAAGCAUUAGGAGUGUCCUGCUUCUCUUGGACAGAGUUUUUGGAAUUGGGGAGUUCAGAUUCUGAGUUACCAGCAAAGCAGAAGACAGAUAUCUGCACCAUAAUGUAUACGAGCGGAACAACGGGAGAACCUAAAGGUGUAGUUCUUACUAACGGAGCUGUCAUGACAGAAGUACUAUCAAUCGAUCAAUUUGUGGAUCUUACAGACAAAGUGUUCUCAGAGGAAGAUGUCUACUUCUCGUUCCUUCCUCUAGCCCACAUUUAUGAUCUGACUAUGGAGAUUUACUGCAUGUAUAGAGGUUCAGCGAUAGGUUUUUGGCGAGGAGAUGUGCGGUUCUUGGUGGAGGACAUUCAAGAAUUGAAGCCCACCAUCUUCUGUGGCGUUCCUAGAGUUUAUGAUCGGAUAUACAGCGGUAUACUUGCAAAGGUUUCAUCAGGGGGUGCAAUACGGAAAAAAUUGUUUGAAUUUGCAUACAACUACAAGUUGGGAAAUCUUGAGAAGGGACUUCCACUGGAAAAUGCAGCACCUCUUAUGGACAGGCUUGUCUUUGAAAAGACAAAGCUAGCUUUUGGCGGAAGAGUCCGGAUCCUAUCAUCUGGAGCUGCACCAUUGCCUAGGCAUGUCGAGGAAUUCCUGAGAGUCACCACCUGCUCAAGUUUAUCACAGGGAUAUGGUCUCACCGAGAGUUGUGGAGGAUGCACUACUUCUGUAAGGAAUGUGUUCUCCAUGGUGGGAACUGUUGGAGUGCCGAUUCCUUCGAUGGAAAUGAGGCUUGAAUCGGUACCAGAAAUGGGUUAUGAUGCACUUUCAAGCACCUAUCCUCGUGGAGAGAUUUGCUUGCGAGGAACAACAUUGUUCUCAGGCUACUACAAGCGUCCCGAUCUAACGAAUGAUGUCUUUGUUGACGGGUGGUUUCACACCGGUGACGUCGGAGAGUGGCAGCCCGAUGGAGCAUUGAAAAUUAUUGACAGGAAAAAGAACAUUUUUAAGCUCUCUCAAGGUGAAUACGUUGCAGUGGAGAAUGUUGAAAGUGUUUAUCUUCGCAGCCCAGUUGUAACUUCGAUAUGGGUCUAUGGGAACAGCUUCGAGUCAUUUCUGGUGGCUGUGGUAGUCCCUGACAGAAAGGUCCUCGAGGAAUGGGCUACGAGCAAUUCCGUGGAAGUAGAGGAUUUCCCAUCACUUUGCCGAAACCUUAAAGCUCGAAAGUUCGUCUUGAAUGAGCUGAACAAAGCUGCACAGCAUCACAAACUUCGAGGUUUCGAGAUGUUAAAAGCAGUCUAUCUGGAGCCAAAUCUCUUCGACAUGGAGAGGGAUCUAAUCACUCCAACUUUUAAGUUGAAGCGGCCACAGCUGCUCAAGUACUACAAGGAUUGCAUCGAUCAGCUGUACAUAGAAGCAAAGGGAACAAAAGCAUAGAAGGAAUUAUUUGGAAGCAUCAAGACACCAUUGUCUAUUUACUUUGGUUUUAUUGUUAUCAUCCUCCUCAAAUAAUGCACAGUCCGAUUUUUCUGUUAACCUCAAACAGAGGCAAAUUCAUGACCGAACAAAUUCCACAUCGCUAAUUUCUUGCUGUUAUGAAUUGAGAAUAUGAGCUUUUCUUUUUUUAUGAACUUUUCGAGACCUUAUGAUAUAA